AUUUAUAUCUUUCCAUGGGGUGGAAUAUAAAUUUGUCAUCAAGAUUUGAUUUUUCGAAAGUGAAAAACUUUUCAAUUGGGAGAAAAAGUUUCGAAUUGUUUUAAACUUUUCAAAAAGUUUUUGGAACAUUUUAUCUCACAUUACAAUCAAGGUAUCUUGAAGAGAGAAAGAAAGAAAGAGAGAUAGAGAUAGAGAGAGAAAGAGAGGGAGGGUGGGAAAGUGAAGUAAAAUGUUAUGAUGAUAAGGGAGCGUUUAGGAGAGAGAGAGAGAGAAAGAGAGGGAGAGUAACUUUUUUCGAAAACACCAUUUUCUUUACUAACCAAUUGAGAGUAAUAUCAAUGAUAUUAAUGAACAUGAAUUCAUUUUUGAUGAAUUGUAAUCCAGCGGCUAAUAAUAGUUCUGGCGAUGUGACCGCCGCUGUGAGUGGAUAUUCAAGUUAUUAUGAUUCGCCGAUCGGAUCCUCCGUGGGAACAUCAAGUGGCGGUGGCAGUUCUAGUGCUAAUAUCAGUUAUUCAUCCAACAGUGUUAUCGGAAUCCAAGGUUCAUUAGAUGAUAAUCGUAAUGGCGAUCUAAUCAAUGAUCAAUUAACUAAUUCUCAUCAUUCAUUUCAUUUCAAUUCUCAUCCUCAUCAGCAACAUUAUGCUUCCCAAUGUGCUCUAAUUAAUACCAAUGUUGAUUCAGUUCAAUCAGCUGUAACCAGUAAUCCUGGAAUAGUUAAUCCUCAUGCUCCAUCAGUUAAUCAAUCUGAUGAGUCUUUCUCUCAUCACAACAUUUACCUUUCACCAUCACCCUCAGGAUUUUCACAGAAAUCAUCUUCAUCUUCAUCUCAACAGAUAAAACUUUCAAUUCCAACAACAAACAGUGAAACCAAUUCAGAGACCUCAGGAUCAGGUCAUCCUGUAAUCUAUCCUUGGAUGAAAAAAGCACUAAUCAAUCAGGGUGAAGAAUCCGCUCCAGGUACUAAGCGAACUCGACAAACUUAUACCCGAUAUCAAACACUAGAACUCGAGAAGGAAUUUCAUUCCAAUCGAUAUUUAACUCGAAGACGUCGAAUUGAAAUCGCUCAUACCUUACAUCUAACCGAACGUCAGAUCAAAAUUUGGUUCCAAAAUCGUCGGAUGAAGACAAAGAAAGGACCUGAAAUUCAUAAUUCGAUAUUCCAAUAACAAUUUCUCCUUCGAAAUUUCCAUCAUAAUUUAUAAAUAUAUUUCUAAUUCGCAUCUUCAUCAUCUUCUAAUCCAAAUGGUUCGCUCUCGAUGAUAAACCUCUCAAUUUGAUACGGAAUAUUAAACUUAGAAUUCAAGUAAAUAUUAUUGAUAAAGAAAAGAUUAAUGUCAAAUCGAAUUUAAUUGUCAAGGAGAAAGUUAAUUCGAUUAGAAUUAAUAUUUUUUCCAUCGAAUAAUGAAAAAUUCGAAGUGGACAAAAUUACUGUAAACUAUCACCUCUUGAAUCGUCUCUCUCUCCCUCUCUCACUGAUCUUGAAAGAAUAUCAAUCAAUAAAAGAUAGUUGAUUUCUCUUAAUCAGAAUGAUGAGAAAACGGUUACAAUUUAAUCUUCUAUAAUUCUAAUCAUUGAUUAUGUUAAUUCUCACUGAGUAACAACUUUCUACAUGAUUCACUUCGUUUAUCAUGAAGGUUUUUUUACCUGUUUUCUUUUGUUUCGCCAUCAAAAUCUUCUCUCUCUCUCUCACUCUUCUCAUCAUCAUUCAAAUCAUUCUUCCUCUUCUUCUCAUCAUCUUCGUGCAUAAAUGAGUUGGUUACCUGAGCCACGCGAUCUCGUGACACAAUCGUGUUCUUGUUACUUUCUUUUCACUUUCUCUCACUUUUUACUUUUUUUCUUAUUCUUUUUUUUACAUUUCUAAUAUUCUGAUAAGUUGGAUAACUUUUUAUCUUAAACCAGGAUAACUUUUCUCAGCCUUGUUUUCCCUUUACCUUUAUCAUUAUCUUCAUCACCAUCUCUCCGCAUCAUCUCCAGACCAUCAAAGAUCAAGUAUGAAAAUAAGUUAAUAGAAACGAGAAAAAAAAUUGAAAUGUUAUAUUAGUUUUCGAGCAGCAAUUUUAUGACAUUUUGUUUGUUUGUCUCUCUCUCUCUCUCUUUAUUAGUCAUUAUCAUCUUCAUCAUAUCUCAUUCAUUUUUCUUCUUUCUUCCUCUCUCACUCUCUCAUUCUCUUACUAUUAUUUGCCUAUUAUUCCAAUAUAAAAGGAUUUCUUUUUGAUGGAAGAGGAAAAGACGACAUAAUACAUGAGAUCGACAGAGAAAAAUUGGAAAUGGGAGGCGUCAAUUUUAUUGGUUUUGGAUCUUAUUUGUUUGAAAGGUUGGGCAUUCGUUGUUAUGGUUACGCGUUUUGUGUGGAGAGGAAAAGGAUACACAGAGAAUCCAUAGAUAUGGUAAAGAGAAAAUAAGAGAGAGAAAGAAAUGAACCAAUUUUGGGGAAAGGUUAUGAUGAUGAUGGAGAAAUGAAGAAUGAUGAUGAUGAUGAUUUAAUGCCUGUCGAAAAUGGAAAUAGAAAGAGAAUCGAAAAUUGGAUUUGUCCUUCUUUCUCUUUCUCUCUGUGUCUCUUUCUUUCGAGCAGAGAAAGAGAAUGCAGGUUGAAACAAUUUCUCCUCUAAAAAGGCGUUGUCUUUCCUUCUCUCUUUCUCUCUUUCUCUUUCUUUCUUUCUUUCUUUCUCUCUCUCUCUCUCUCUUUGCUUAUUUUUCUACUCUCUUGAUUUCUUUCCCCUUUUAUCUUCCUUUUUUCUCUGUCUAAAUAACUGUCGAACCACAUUACCAGAUUCUCUUCCCUCCCUAAUCCCCAUCUAAACUCGGGGGGCGAAUCAUCACCAGUCUCUCCCUCGGUUAACUUUCUCCUCCCCUUGGCUAUCAUCUUUCUCCUUCUAUUGGCCAAUGAAUUCGUUUUCUAUGGUGACGCCAUCUGGUGAUAUUCCAAUAAACUAAUAAAUUCCACAGAAAAUCCCGGAGAAUAUCCCAAAGUGUGAAACUAUUUUCUCAUCAACAUGAUAAUCUGAGCAAAAUCUAAAAAGUAAAACAAAAUUUCCAAUUCUAGCAAGUGAAACUUUUACUGUCUCGAAUAAUUUAAUUGCAAUUUAAUCACAUUGAUGAACAAAUACAAUUAAAUGCAAAGAAUAGAGAGAGAGAGAGAGAGAAGAAACUUU